AUGGAGGGCGCCUUCAACCAUGUGGGCAACCACCUGAUCUCCGACUCGGCGGCCGCCAUUAAGGCUGACGACAACGACGACCUGUCUUCGAUCGACCCCGACGAGAACCUGCUCUACAACAAGUAUGGCGGGCACGACGGCCUGGGCAGUGCCACGCGCCGCCGCCAGGACGACGACGACAACGACAACGGCACCGAGGUUGCCUUUGACGACGCGGACAACGAUAGCGUUGUGAGCGCCCUCGCCGACAACGUGCAAUAUGCCAAGCUGGAGCCCGAGGAGGAAGAAAAGGAGCAGGAGCUGCCUGCCCAUGCUUGCGUAUACUGCGGCAUCCACUCUCCCGCCUCUGUCGUCAAGUGCAUGAUCUGCAACAAGUGGUUCUGCAGUGCCCGCGGCAACGUUGGGUCCUCGCACAUUGUCAACCAUCUCGUCCGAGCCCGCCACAAGGAGGUCCAGCUGCACCCCGAUUCCUCGCUCGGCGAGACUGUCCUCGAGUGCUACAACUGCGGCAACCGCAACGUCUUCAUCCUCGGCUUCAUCCCCGCCAAAUCCGACACUGUUGUCGUCCUGCUGUGCCGCCAGUCGUGCGUCUCCAACACCUCCGCCAAGGACAUGAGCUGGGACAUCAACCGCUGGCAGCCCCUUAUCGAGAACCGCCAGUUCCUGUCGUGGCUCGUUGCCCAGCCCAGCGAUGCCGAGCAGCUGCGCGCCCGCCACCUCCCUGCCGCUAUGAUCGCCCGCCUCGAGGAGAUGUGGAAGGACAACGCCAGCGCCACCGUCCAGGACCUUGAUGCCGCCGCCGGCGUCGACGACGACCCGCACCCCGUCCUGCUCAAGUACGACGACCCGUACCACCACCAGAACAUCUUCGGCCCCCUCGUCAAGAUGGAGUCCGACUACGACAAGAAGCUCAAGGAGGCCCAGUCCGAGGACAACCUCGUCAUCCGCUGGGACUUUGGCCUCAACAACAAACACAUGGCCAGCUUCAUCCUGCCCAAGAUCGAGUCCGGCGACGUCAAGCUGGCCGUUGGCGACGAGAUGCGUCUCAAGUACAAGGGCGAGCUGCGCCCGGCCUGGGAGGGCGUCGGCUACGUCGUCAAGAUCCCCAACAACCAGUCCGACGAGGUCACCCUGGAGCUGCGCAAGACGGGCAACGAAAAGUCCGUACCCACCGAGUGCACCCAUAACUUCUCGGCCGACUACGUCUGGAAGGCCACCUCGUACGACCGCAUGCAGUGGGCCAUGCGCACCUUUGCCGUCAACGAGCUGAGCGUCUCGGGCUACAUCUUCCACAAGCUGCUUGGCCACGAGGUCGCCGUUGCGCCCAUGAAGACGACCCUACCCAAGAAGUUCACCGCGCCCGCGCUGCCCGAGCUCAACGGCAGCCAGAUCAGUGCCAUCAAGGCCGUGCUGUCCACCCCGCUCAGCCUGAUCCAGGGCCCACCCGGCACCGGCAAGACCGUCACCUCCGCCACCAUCAUCUACCACCUGGCCAAGCUCAACAACAGCCAGGUCCUUGUGUGCGCACCGUCCAACGUCGCUGUCGACCAGCUGUGCGAGCGUGUGCACCGCACCGGCCUCAAGGUCGUGCGCCUGACGGCCAAGUCGCGCGAGGACGUCGAGUCGUCGGUCAAUUUCCUGGCCCUGCACGAGCAGGUCCGCAUGAACGACACCAACGUCGAGCUGGCCCGCCUGCAGCAGCUCAAGAACGAGAUCGGCGAGCUGUCGAGCGCGGACGAAAAGAAGUUCAGGCAGCUGACCAAGGCGGCCGAGCGCGAGAUCCUCAGCAACGCCGACGUGGUCUGCUGCACCUGUGUCGGCGCGGGCGACCCACGCCUGUCCAAGAUGAAGUUCCGCAACGUGCUCAUCGACGAGUCGACCCAAUCGGCCGAGCCCGAGUGCAUGAUCCCGCUGGUUCUGGGCUGCAAACAGGUUGUUCUAGUCGGCGACCACAAGCAGCUGGGCCCUGUCAUCAUGAACAAGAAGGCCGCCAAGGCCGGUCUGAACCAGUCCCUGUUUGAGCGCCUCGUCAAGCUGGGCUUCUCGCCCAUCCGCCUCGAAACGCAGUACCGCAUGCACCCGCACCUGGCCGAGUUCCCGUCCAACAUGUUCUACGACGGUUCCCUGCAAAACGGCGUGAGCACCGCGGAGCGCCUGCGCAGCGACAUCGAUUUCCCCUGGCCCGUGGCCGACACGCCCAUGAUGUUCUGGUCGAACCUGGGCAACGAGGAGAUCUCGGCGUCUGGCACCUCGUACCUGAACCGCACCGAGGCGUCCAACGUCGAGAAGAUUGUGACGCGCUUCUUCAAGGCCGGCGUCAAGCCCGCCGACAUUGGCGUCAUCACGCCGUACGAGGGCCAGCGCAGCUACAUUGUCACCACCAUGCAGAACACGGGCACCUUCAAGAAGGAGAGCUACAAGGAGGUCGAGGUCGCCUCCGUCGACGCCUUCCAGGGCCGCGAGAAGGACUACAUUGUGCUGUCCUGCGUGCGCUCCAACGAGAACCACGGCAUCGGUUUCCUGUCCGACCCGCGCCGUCUGAACGUCGCGCUGACGCGCGCCAAAUACGGCCUCGUCAUCAUCGGCAACCCCAAGGUCCUCGCAAAGCACGACCUCUGGUACUACCUGCUGGUUCACUACAAGGACAGCAAGUGCCUCGUCGAGGGUCCCCUGAGCAACCUGCAGCCGUCUCUGCACCAGUUCAGCCGCCCCAAGAACAGCCACCGCCCGCCGCGUGUGUUUGGCAACGGCAUCGGCAACGAGACCAGCAAUGCCAGCCUCGGUGUGGGCGGCUUGGGCAACGGUGGCGGCCACGGCGGCCCCGGCGGUCCGGUCGGUGCUGGCGGUGGCCGCUAUGGCCACCAUGGCCAGCACAACCACCUCGGCCACAACGGCAGCGGUACGCGCGACUUUGACACCGGCUCCAUCAUGUCGUACAUCCCCGACGACGUUUCGUCCAUCCACAGCUCGGCCAUUGGUAGUGGCGGCGGCGGUGGCGGUGGUGGCGGUGCCAACCUGAGCUCCGCGUACCCGGCCAUGUUCUCGAGCUUCAGCCCUGACCAGUGGCCCGGUCUGCCCGGUGCCAGCGCCAUGGGCCGCUCGGGCGGCAAAGGCCGCAACCGCGGUGGAGGUGCCGAGAGCGUCGCCGGCGAGAGUGUGGCCAACUCCGAGUACACCGACAUUACCGCGGGCUCGAGCGUGAUUGGCGGCAAGGGCGUGGGCCAGGGCGGCGUCAGCCUCGGGGCGGGCCUGCACGACACGGUAACUAACGGCCGCAUGACGUCCUUCAGCCAGAGCGACCGGCUCAAGGACUACGUCGAGAACAGCGGACGCCUGGCGAGCGGCAACGGCUACCGGCGCUACGACGACGACCAGCAGAGCAUUAGCACUGCGGGCUUUGCCAGCCAGAUUGGCGGCUCGGGCUAUGACUGA